AUGUAAUAAGAAGCAGAUUAUGUAAAUAUUCAUUUAUAUUUAUUUAGAAUUAAGAUGAAAAAUAAGUAUACCUAUUGAGGUAGCAAAUCAUUUGCUACAAACAAGUUUAAAGGUAAAUUUGAUAGUGACACUUUAGAAAUCACCAUAUUGAAAAUGAUAAAUCAAAGUUCCCUUAUAGUAAAGACUAGUGGGAAGUAGAAAAGGAAAAGAUAUUCUAAAAUUCCAUUCGAUAUUUUCAAGACAAAAUUGACAAAAAUGAAGAACUAAAAUCCAUUUUUCGAGACCGCUAUCCUAAACUCAAAUUGGAUCUUAAUUAGGAUGUAAGCAUAUAUAUCAAUAUUAUAUAAGGAUACAACUUUAUUUAGUGAAAAAAUGUAAGGAUAUGUAGAAAAGAGAAGGUAAACUAUAGAAUAAGAGCUAAAAAAAACUCACUAAAAUGAUCCUAAAUAUUUGACUUUAAAAAUAGAGUUGCUAUUCAUCAAUUCUAAAGAUUUUUAUCUUAAAAUGAAAGAGGCUAUCAUUAAUCCACUAUUACAAGAAGAAAACUAAGCUGUAAUGCAAUCUAGAAUGUUAGAGAGGUUAUUACUUGAUAGGAAUUAUUUUAAAAGAGAUAAACCAUAAAGGAGACCAGAAAAUAAACUAUCAGAUAAGUUUGAAUUAAGUAUGGUAAAACAUGAAUAAGCAAGAAGGAAAAGAAUAAAAUAAAAGGAAUUUAUGUAAGCAAUUUUUGCUCAUUAAAUUGAAUUUAUGGAGUUUCAUAGAAAAAAAUAUAAACAUGCAAGAAAACGUAGUGUUUAAUUUAAGGUUGUUUUAGAAUAAAAGGAUCAAAAAUAAUAGCAUAUUGAUAAGUAAAUGAGAUUGAAAGAUAUUAAAUAAGGUGAUAUGGUCACUUAUAUCUAAAAGUUAGAAAAACUAGAUGAAGCUAAAAAGGAAAGAGUUGUAUCUAUUUUAAGAUAAACAGAUCAAUUUUUAAAAGAUAUAGGAGCUAAAGUAAAGAUAUAGAAAGGUGAAGAGAUAACUGAAGAAGAUGAAGUUGUAGAUAAUAAUAAUUCAAAGAAUAAUUUAGGUUAUGAACUUAAUCAAGCAAAUAAAGUAUAUUAUAACAUAACUCAUCGAAUUAAAGAAACUGUGACUAAAUAGCCUGUCUUAUUGGAAGGAGGAUAGUUGAAAUAAUAUUAAGUUUAGGGAUUGGAUUGGUUAGUUAGUUUAUAUAAUAAUAGUUUAAAUGGUAUAUUGGCAGAUGAAAUGGGUUUGGGUAAGACUAUUUAAACAAUCUCUUUAUUAUGUUAUUUGAUAGAGACCAAAAAAAAUUUUGGACCAUUUUUUAUUAUAGUCCCAUUAUCUACUCUAAGUAAUUGGGCAAAUGAAUUCGAAAAAUGGGCUCCAACUAUUAAAAAAGUAAUAUAUAAAGGUUCACCUUAAGUUAGAAAGGAGAUUUCUAAAUAAAUGAGGACUACAAUAUGGAAUAUUUGUCUUACUACAUAUGAAUAUGUAUUAAAAGAUAGAUUAGCAUUAUCAAAAUAUGAAUGGAAGUACAUAAUAGUUGAUGAAGGACAUAGAAUGAAAAAUUCUAGAAGCAAAUUUGCUAUGAUUUUAGGUUAAUAGUACUAAAGUGAUAGGAGAUUACUAUUAACAGGAACUCCUUUGUAAAAUAAUAUAGCAGAAUUAUGGGCAUUAUUGAAUUUCUUAUUACCAAAAGUAUUUUCAUCUUGUGAAGAUUUUGAGAAGUGGUUUUAGAUGCCAUUAAGCAAAAUGGGAGCUAAUGAGAAAGAUUGUUAAUUAGAUGAGGAAGAAUAAUUGUUAAUUAUUAAUAGAUUACAUUAAGUUCUUAGACCUUUUCUUUUAAGAAGGGUAAAAAGGGAUGUAGAGAAAGAAUUACCAAGAAAAACAGAAUAUGUUAUAAAGAUAAAAUUAUCAGCUUGGUAAAAAAAGAUUUAUGACUAAAUUAAUUAAAGAGGUGUAAUGACUUUUGAUUAAUAAUCUGGAAAAAGUGGAUCAUAAGCAUUAUAAAAUUUAAUGAUGUAAUUAAGAAAAAUAUGCAAUCAUCCAUAUUUAUUUAUGUUGAAUUUAGAUAUGAAUAGGAUUACAGAUGAAAUAUGGAGAUCAAGUGGAAAGUUUGAAUUAUUAGAUAGAAUAAUUCCUAAAUUACUUUACUUUAAACAUAGAUUAUUGAUAUUCAGUUAAAUGACUUAAUUAAUGGAUAUUAUGGAAGCAUUCUUUGAAUAUAGAGGUUGGAGAUAUUUACGUUUAGAUGGAUCUACAAAAUCAGAAGAUAGAGAGGCUAGAAUUAAGUUAUUUAAUUAAGAAAAUUCAUUUUAUAAUAUCUUUCUAUUAAGUACAAGGGCUGGUGGUUUAGGAUUAAAUUUAUAAUCUGCUGAUACUGUAGUAUUAUUUGAUAGUGAUUGGAAUCCUAUGAUGGAUCUAUAAGCUUAAGAUAGAGCCUAUAGAAUUGGAUAAAAAAAUGAAGUAAGAGUUUUAAGAUUAAUAACUGCAACAUAAAUAGAGGGAAAUAUCUUAAGUAAGGCAGAACAUAAGAUGGGUUUGGAUGCAAUUAUUAUAUAAGCUGGUUUAUAUAAUUAAAGAUCUACAGAUUAAGAAAGAAGAGAAAGAUUGUAAGAUUUUUUUAGAUAGAAAAAUAAAGUUGAUCUAUUUGAGGCUGAAGAUAUACCAGAUGAUACUUAAAUUAAUGAAUGGAUAGCUAGAAGUGAAGAAGAAUUUGAAAUGUUUAAUGAAUUAGAUAGAUAAAGAUAUGAAGAAGAGAAAUUAAUAUAUAAGAAUUUCAAUCAAAAUAGAGAUGAUUAAUAAUUUAAUUAUAGAUUAAUUUAAGAUGAUGAAGUUCCAGAAUGGAUUACUUAGAAAUAAAAUGAAGUGAAAGAAAUCAAAGAAUAUGGACGUGGUUAAAGAGAGAGAAAAAAAAAUGUUAUUUAUUUUGAUUCAGAAUCUGAUUUGUUUUAAGAUGGUAAAGAUAAAGAUGUAAAUAUAUUGGAUUUAAAAAUUGAUGAUCAAAUAGAUAUAGAAUAACAUUAAAAUGAUGUAUUUUAAGAAGAUGAAGAUGUACCAUUAGAAGAAAAAAAAAAUAAAAAACUUAGAUUUAUUGAUAGUGAUUAAAAUCAUGAAAAUUAAGAAAUUGAGGAUGAAUUAGAACCUAAAAUAAUAAGUAAACGAAAACUUAAUUGA